AUGUUGUCGUUGGUCCAGCGCUCAUCGCUUAAGGCCCUCGGCCGCCAUCCAGCCAUCUCGGUUUCGUCAAGAAUGUUCUCUGAUAAGAUCACUGAUGCAUAUAAAGGGGUUAAGCCGCUUUCACAUGACAAUGGAAUGAAUGGCUACGUCACCAAGGCUUCGUUCGAUGAGCACAUGAAAUCGCAGAGAUUCCGUGGCGCUGAUGCUCACUUCGGAGAGAUCCCAACGGCAUGGCAGAAAAUGUGUCUCCUUAUCACAAGAGUGUAUCGGAAUACAAGCGAAAUUCCGGAUUAUGUAACAACUGGAACGCUUAAUCGUAUGCACGAUCGUAUGCGAAUUCUCUUCAUAUCUGCUGGUGUGGCGUGGUUUUUCGCUCUGUUCUACCUUUCCCACUACAAUAAUGUCAAGAGAGUUUUCCGCGAUCGUGAGGCUGGAGUCGUCGUGACACAAAAGUGA